AUGGUCCACCUGCCCCGGGCCGAUGACGCGGCCGUCGUCGCCGUCCGGCCUGCGCAGCGCAGGCCACCCGGUGUGAAUUUUCGUCCGCGCGUGUCCGCCCUGUUCCUGCCGGCGGAGCGCUCGUACCCCCUCACCACGCUUCGCUGGAGAGGCCGCUGCGUCGUCGGCUCGAGCAACGGCUGGCUGGCCGUCGACGGCUGCCCCUAUCAGGGGAUCUACCUCAUCGCCGGCGAGGACAAGAAAGUCCCUCUCCUCCAGCUGAACAACGACGGCAAGCUGGUGCCCAAGAUCGUGUUCGCGCCGAAGCCCACGCCAAACGACUACGUCGCGGUGGCGAUCUGCGACCUGCUCAGGCUCGCCUACACCAAGACGCGGGACAUGAAGUGGAUGAUCCUAGACGUCGCCAUCGGGGCGAGAGACUGGUUCGUAGACCUGGCCUACGACUCUGACGCCGGCAAGGUCUACUGCGUCAACGUGCUGGGAGACGUGCACGCCGCCGAGCGCGCAGGCCUGCCGUACAACCCCGCCGCAGACUACGCCCCGCCCUACGACACCGUGUCCAAGUUCACAGCCGCCAAGAAUGUCUUCUUCUUCGGUGGUAACCUGUACCAAGUGUGGCGGAACACCAACAGCGCCGUCUCUUGGGACAUACCGGGCGGUGGCCAGUUCCGCAUGGCGAAAAGCGAGAUCUUCGUCCUCAAGUACGACCCCGAGCGCCGACCGUGCUGGGAUGCGGUGAAGGACUUGGGAGGGUACUCGGUGUUCGUCGGCAAGAACCAACCUGUGGUGCUGCGACCAGAGGAUGCGCCAGGGGUCAGGGCCAACUGCGUUUACUGGAUCAAUGAGGGGUCGAGGAACAAGCCGAUGGUGUUCGAUAUUGCCACUGGAAUCUCAACUCUUCAUCCCUCCGCCGACAAAGCACUGAAUCCCUCGUGCAGACCAGUCUGCUGGUACUUCUUGAAUGACAAAAUUAUGAGCGUCGAGAACAAUGGAAGAAAACGAAGUAUGGGUGGAGAGGAUUGUGUGCAAGUCUCGAAGAGUCAAGAAGCACAUUAG